AUCAACACCGGGUAUCUUAAGGUCGACCGUUGAGAGUUGUCCUAUAUACACACCGUUGUGAUAGUGUGUCUGUAAUGCUUUUUUUUUCUUUAUCAAAGUAACCAGGUAAAUGUUAUCAAAAUGGCUUUUUGUAUCUAGAUAACCUUUCGUACUAUCAUUAGUAAUAACAUUUCUUGUCUUUCAGGGUUUGUAUGUUUGAAUCUAUAUUUUGGUUACAUGUUAUUGAUCGGAUGUACAUGUUUCUACAGAUUCGUCAUCAAAGGUAAAUGAAAAUUACUAUCAACAUUCUAUGCAAAUGAGAUUUUCCUUAAAUAAUUAUAUCACAUGUUAGACCCAUUACCAUUAAAUACUUAUUAGCUGAUUUUUACAGGCUUUUUAAACAUAAUUUUCUGCCUCUCCCCCUUUCCAACCCUCCUUCCCUCUUAUCUAUCUCUCCAUCCCUUCUCCCUACUCCCUCUCUCUCUCCCUCGCUAUCUUUCUCCCUCCAUACUCUCUCUCUCCUUCUUUCUCUCUUUCUAUCGUCUCUCUCCGCGUCCCCUCCCGCCCUCUCUCUCUCUCCUUCUUUCUCUAACGCCCUCAAUCAGUAAAACGCUCUCAUCUCAUGUCAUGGUAUUGCCUCCAGUAACGCAGUACAAACCCUCGAUGCAAUACUCCCCACUUUCAUCAAUGUACACCGCUCACUAAACAACUUCAAACUUUUUUUUUUCAUAAUUUCAUAACUUUAAAUGAACAACUCUUAGUCGCUGGCUCACGAUUAAUGAUUAACUCUCAAGACUUUUCUUGUCGUGUCUGAUAAGGCACACCCAAUGUUCCCUCUAAGGUUUGUUGGUUCGUGUGCAAAAUCAUACAGUUGUGUGCAAUGUUUUACAGCUUCAAUUUUUUUGUGCGCAAAAUUUUACAGCCCACUCACUAGAGUGGAAAUUUGCUGCGCGGUACUCAAAACUGCUGCGCGGCGUCUGCUUAAACGGAACAUUUGUCACACCAUAUCACACGUGUUUGUUGUUGUAUUUUUUUUCAUCCAUCCUUUAGUCUGUUUUUCGUGUCUUGUCCGUCUGUUGUUUGUAAUGUUCCCUCUAGAAAUUUUUAAAUUUUUUAUUUUUUUUAAUUUUAAAAAUUGUUUUUAGUGUUCAUUUACAGGAAUAUAACGAAAAGAAGUACAGUAUUCAGUGUUGUAACAUCAUGGUAAAGAUGUGUCCAAUCACCAUACUUAUCCUUUGCUUUGCCAUGACAACCGUCAGUCUCACAGAGACGUUUUGCAGCCCGGGCCAGUACGUGUCUACAGAUUCAGAUGGGAAUUCCCGGUGCGUUCCUUGCCGCACCGGUACAUUCAAUCCGCACGAGCGCCACCGAGACAUCGACUGCGCCAUGUGCACCAGCGCGGAGUCCUUCCAACACGAGACGGUCAUCUCCGUGUGUGACGGUGUGCGAGACACGGUGAUUGGCUGCCGGAGAGGGUACUACCGAGUGCAGGUGUACGACGGCAUGUACUCGGACGGGGAGUGUCUUAGGUGCGCACGGUGUGGUGCUGGCAUGCGCACUGUCAGGCCGUGCAGUGGAACCAGCGACACGGUCUGUGCGCCUAAUCAGCCUUGAACGUACAGGAUUAUAAAACUUAGUCACUGAACACGUCAUAAUAAUCUUGCCCUUACACACAAGACAUAUCUACACACAAGACACAUCUACACACAAGAAACAUCUACACACAAGACACAUCUACACACAAGACACAUCUACAUACAAGACACGUACAAAUUAAUUCACACCUUAACCGUUUCACACCUGAUAACACACUAAUGCCCCCCCCCCCCCCCCCCAACCUUUGUUUCUGCCAACAUCUGAAUGAGACAGUAACGCACAACCUCUUCCAAGGCCUUCUACUUCAGGACUUAUUCCUCGACUACUUACCAAAAAAUACCAGACUACACCAACACCCUAUGCAUGUAUACAGCUGCGAAAAAAUGUGCUAAUUUUUUUCCAGAUUUGCCUGGCCAGGAUGUUUAUGUCUGUAGUUUUCACUGUGACUUAUCCAAAUAAAUAUUUAUUUUUUUUUUUAAUAUUUUUAAAAUUUAGUCUUUCAUUUUUUGAUCUUUCCAACUUUGAUCUAUUUGAACUUCGAUCUAUUUGAAGAUGGAUAUCCUGAAAGGAUUGAUUGCGA